GAGGAGCUGAUAAACUCUUUCUCCUUCUUUUCUUCUCUUUCAUUCUGCAGCAGCUGGAAACACCCCGAGUCUGGAGCAGAGUCUGGAGCAGAGUCUGGAGCAGAGUCUGGAGCAGAGUCUGGAGCAGAGCCACACUGAAGUUCGAGGUUUAUAAAGAACAUGUAGGAUUAAUGAGGACGAAUAAGAUGAAACCGUCAUGGAGAGUCUGCGUAAGAACAAGGUCUUUCUCAUCGAGACACUGUCUGGCGAUGCCAGCAUCUGUUUGCAGUACGUCCAGAACGACAACAUCAUCACCAAGCGUGACUACAACAACCUUAACCAGCCCAACCACACAGAAGAGAAGAUCAUCAUUAACCUUCUGGAUAACCUGACCAACAAGGGUGAUGAGACGUGCCGUAAAUUCCUCAAGCUGCUGGAGAAAGACGAGUUUCAGGAGAUUUUCCCUCAGCUGAAGAAGCUCUUCACACCUGUUUCAGAAAGUCCAGUUCCUGAAGAGAUUGGAGAGUAUAAAAUGUCCAGCAUGCCUCGUGGUGUGUGUCUGAUCAUCAACAACAGGAACUUUAUUAAAAUGGGAAACCGUUCAGGAUCUGAUAAGGACGAAGAGGCUCUUAUAAAGGUGUUCGAAUGGCUGGGCUUCUCUGUGAAGGUGCACAGGGACCAAAACGCGGAACAGAUGAAGGACAUCUUCAGGACAUACAGCAAACACAAUCACGAAGGUGACUGCUUCGUCUGCUGUAUCCUCAGCCACGGCUCUGCUGAAGGGGUUUAUGGAACAGAUGAAGUGAUUGUCCAAGGAUCUGACAUCUACAACCCAUUUAACGGAGCCUUCUGCCCGAGUCUCGUCAAUAAGCCCAAAGUGUUCUUCAUCCAAGCCUGCCGUGGAGAGGUGUACCAUCAGCUCGUUAAAGUCCAGUCUGAUAGCCAAAUGGAAGAGAAAGCAGGAGAGGAGAAAGAAGAAGAAGAAUUAGCAGCUGAUGCUGUGCAGAUCACCAUUCCAGCUGAGGCUGACUUCCUGGUGGCUCGGUCCACUGUUAAGGGCUACCUCUCCUUCAGGGAGCGUUCUGGUUCCUGGUUCAUCCAGUGUUUGUGCGAGCAGUUGAAAAUUUACUGUCAGAAGGGUGAAGACGUCUACUCCAUCCUUCUGAAGGUCAAUGAGGAAGUCAGUCAAAAAGCUGGAAAACACCGGGCAAACGAUGCCAAACAAAUGCCUGAGCAGAAGAUCACCCUGAGAAAGAAGCUGGUGUUCCGUGUGCCGCAGUAGAACCUUCCAACAUGAUGACUGCUUCACAGCUGAUGAACCUUUUAGUAAAGUUCUGUGUAAAUUUCACAUAAAUCAAUUCUGCUAGAAGUAUAAAUGUUUCAGAAUAAAUCUGAUUUUUUCCUACAGCUCAUCUGCACUGGGCGACUUUCUUUCUGCACUUGGCUUGCUUUAACUUUCUUAAAUGUUUAAUAUGUACUUCAUUAAUGCCAUUAAUAUCAACAUUUGUGUGUAAAUCAAGCUUAACAUCAGUAAGAGUUCUGCAUAAAUUUACACACUCGAGAGCGUGAGAAGGAAACAAACACCUUUCUGUAUUUGCAGGAUUUAAUAGAUGAAGCAUAAUGUCAGUGCUAAUUAUUCUCACUACACACAAUAAAACACAGCACAGCUGAUUUUUCUCAGAUAAUUAGAGAAUUUUCAUUUGGUAUAAACACAUUUUAAACUGUUUUUAUUCUGAAUUUCUAUAUUCCUGUGAAGCUGCUUUGUGACACUGUCCAUUGUUAAAACAGCUAUACAAAUAAAACUGAACUGAAUAAAA